GCCGGCAUUUUAAAGCAGUAGCGCGGAAGUGACGCCAGCGUCGCCGGCUGGACAGAUUGACCGACUGACGGACAGGCGGACGGCAGCUGUUGAGUGAGUGCUUUGUGUCGGGAUCGGGCCUCUCGAAGCGCUUUUUGAGGACUCAGGGUCUCAGUGGAGAGCUUCUUGGAGUCGGCGGUGAAGAUGCAACACUCGGCCUCUGACAUCUGUGCAGCCACCACUACGUGAUUUCAGACUUGCCGAGAGAUUUGUGAAACCUGAGCCACUUCUGGCUGGGCCCCAAAAGCAUUUGGACGUCGAAAGUUAGCCAGACCUGGCUGGGAGAGAAAACAGGAGUGUGACAAGAGGGUUGCCUAUGCUGCAGGGUUUAUCUUUCUUUAUAUAUUUUUUUUUUUUACCUGGAGAAGCUCAUCCCUUGUCGUGCUGGCAAUCCCUGCCCCACCAGCGUGGUCCAUUUUGUGGGGAUUGACUUCAGGAGAACAUGUCCAAAAAGCACGGUCCAAAAGACUCUGGAGAUGUCUUCUUUGACACACAGUCCAAGAUGGUCAUGUCUCAGGGUGGAACAUUUGAAAAAAUGAAGGAGAAGAUCAGCGCUGUGCGAGCUGUUGUUCCCAACAAGAGCAACAAUGAGAUUGUCCUGGUGCUUCAGCACUAUGAUAACUCUGUGGAUAAGGCUGUGCAGGCUUUUGUAGAUGGUAGUGCUGUGGAAAUCCUGAAGGAGUGGAAUGUCACUGGAAAGAAAAAGACUCGAAAGAAGAAACCAAAACCAAAGCCUCAGACACCGGCCAAUGAUGGUCAGGUGGAGCCCAGCCAGGCUAACCCUGAAGGAACGCAGUCAGUCACAUCCUCAGAAAAGGAAGGCUUGAAUGGAUUCCAUGCUAAUGGGUCCCUCAAUGACAUGGAGUCUGUGGACUCCCUCAGUGAGCAGCUCGACUCCAUAUCUAUGGAUCACCAUGAGCUGGAAGACUCGGAGUCUGCUACACCAGAGGUAUCUGAUCCUACAGAGCUGGAGGAGGGACCAUGUACAGUAGAGCCACACGGCCAACAAACUACAUCUGUUACCUCUCAGGGGUCCAAACCUCAGAGGAGCUCAAAUACAAGGUCAAGACAGAGCUCCCACCCAGUCCCAUCUCCGCUUCUGGUAAUGCCAGAUGAUUUGCUUCUUGGUUCUUCUGGCAGUAAGAAACUAGCAUCUAAUAUCGAUAAGUCUGUCAAGGACCUACAGAGAUGCAUGGCCUCGCUCACACGCUACCGAGUUGUAGUAAAGGAGGAAAUGGACUCGUCCAUUAAGAGGAUGAAGCAGAUCUUUGCUGAGCUGCAGACAUGCCUAAUGGACCGGGAAGUAGCCUUGCUUGGUGAAAUGGACAAAGUGAAAGCAGAAGCAUUGGCAAUUCUCAAUGGCCGCCAAAAGAAGGCUGAGGAGUUGAGGCGACUCACUGAUAAAGUUGGUACCAUGUCUGAGGAACAGCUGUCGGAGCUGAGGGCUGAUAUAAAGCAUUUUGUCAGUGAACGCAAAUACGAUGAAGAGUUGGGUCGAGCUGUCAAGUUUACAUCCAAGUUUGAGCCAGUCAAGGAAGCAAUUGUGGGGUUUGGACAAGUCUAUCACCCAAACACCAGCUAUUCCAGUCGUUCCCGCUGCAGUUCGGCCUCUUCCACCUCUCUGACCAGUCCCAGCAUACCAGAAUGCCAUCCACAACCUGCCCCUGCACCCCAAGGCCUGGGAUACAGCCCCCGUAGUGCUGGGCCGCGGUCUGAGCAUAACCAGAGACAGGGCUACCAAGGCAACAGGAGACCAGGUCAAGGCUACCAGCCCCGUGGUCCACGGCCUAGUGGCUCCCAUUACCAGGGCCGUCCCGAUUACCACAACCGGACUAGCAACCGCUUCCCUAGUCAAGCCCACAACAGUCCUACCAACAGAACUGCAGUGUCUUCAUCCAAACCAGAUCAGCCCAAUGGGCUCCCACCACGUCCUGUCCAAACAAACUGUUCCGUCUCUGACCCCUGAGAUCCUGCUGCUCGAUCUGUCAGCUGCCCCUUCUCUCCCAGUCCCCCACCCCCCUUCAUCCCAUCCCCUCAACCUGUAUUGUUACUGGUGCUGUGUAGAGAAAAGUGAAACCUAGAAAUGAAGAAAACCGCACCAGCUGGGCUGUCCUGGGUUGGCCUGGUUGGCCCAAACUCCUCCAGAUUAGUUUGCAUGAAGAGUUUUGGAUUUCUGAAGACUGGUCUAUUUUAAUUUGAUUUUUUUGCUCUCUAAUCUGUACUGGGAGAAAUCUGCUCUGAGAGGAUGAUGGCUGCGCCAGCACUUCCUUCACUUAUCUCCAUGAGGUGCCACACUACAAUGACAAAGUGAAUGUACAGAUGUCUACCAGGCAGAAAGCACUUGACAAAACCCCUUAGCACCGGAUUUUAGGAUCCUGCUUAAAAUGAGAAGUAAUUUUAGCCAAAUUUUGAUUUCGGAAGCUCGACCUUCAAACUUGCCAGUGGAACAAGUGCUUGUGAUAGCGUCCCUGAUGCUGAGAGCCCAUUGUCUUCUGUAAAAGAACAGCCAGCCUCCUGAUGCCCCUCCAGCCUCUCUACUGCUGCAUUAGCUAGAGGGCAUGGCCUUUGUGAACGAAUUGGGUGGACGCCUCUUCUUUCUCUGUGCCUUGUCUAUUACAGAUAUCGAGCACCAGUUGUUGGCGUAACUCUGGUAGACUGACCCUGAAAUUGGUGAACCUCUACCCUCCAGUUUGUGGCCUGCCCAUGUGGAGAUGGGAACCAAACUGGUUUUUGUGCUCUCCUUUCAAAUGUAAACUUUUUUGUUUGUUUUAUUCUUCAAUUUCCUUGAUUUAAUUUUCAGCUUAUUAAAUGCUUUAUUGGAAGCUGACACUUCAUGACAGAAUAUUUCUGAAAUGUUUCCAGAGGCUGCAAAAAACGAAUCUCUACUGGACCCUUUGGCCUUGCUUGGUGAGAUUUAGUGGAACUUUCCAGCCGGUGGUCAGCUGGGUUUUUUUUUUUUUGUGUUUUUUUUUUGGUACAUGGCGGGUCACGUCUUAAAGGGCUGUUGCAGGUGCCAUUCCCAUUCAUCACCAACUGCUUGCUUAUGCUUAUUUUUUAUUUUUUCUCCAUGUUUACAUUCUGUGCUCCCAUGUGAAACUUCCACCUUAUUUUGAGAAUUUCAAUAUGGGCCUGUCUCUGUAAAUGUUGGCUCAGUGAGGCAGAGCUCAAGUGUCCAGGGUCCUCUGCAGUUUCUUUAGCACUACUUAGCCUUCACCCUGUAACUGGACAGAAGAUACUACACUGCAUGCCAUUUUGGAGGAAGCUGAACUGUCUCAAAACCAGGUCCAGCGUUCACUUUCAAAGUGCCUUUAGUCUUUUUGUCUGUCUGUUUUAUUUUAUUUUUUGUCUCCUUGGCCCUUAUGUCCUUAAUCAUGGACCAAAGACCCCUGUUUCCCCCUUCAGACCUUUAGUGUUGCAAUGAGUUUUCCAGAAAACUGGGCCGGUGCCAGAUUAAUUGGGUCAGUCAGUCAGUCCUCCUCCUAUGUGAUUUGUUUAUUAAUAAAAUGAAAGUAGCAGAUAA